UUUCUUACCUGAUACAUAGUGGAGAACACUUCUAAGAACAUGUGUCUGAGACUGAGGCUGGUUUCUGUUUCUUAACAUCUGAAAAGACUCUGCAAAAAGAUAAAGAAUCAAAUAUGUUGGGAGGCUUCUCGUCGUCAUUCUUCACUUCACCUAAAUGGUCGGCUUGCUCCUUUUAUCUCCUCAUCGCUGUCUAUGCGGCCGCGGGCGAGUGUUUCGUGAACGUUUUGCUACCUGCGGUAUUGUACAGGAACAUCAGCGGUGAAGCGAGACAGACAACUGUACCAACACAGCCACAAACCCUGGCUGUGCCGUCUCUUGAAGAUGAAGAAAUAACUCCAAUUCCCGUAAACGUCACCCUGCUUGCCUGGGUUUCGUUCUUCCUCAACACCUUCGGCUGUUUCCUCGAGGGUGUAGUGGUUUCCGCGAUCAUUCUUGGAACAUCGUGCGGCGCUGUGGAACAAGAACCGCUAGCCAGCUCAAACAUGAUGGACGAAAAAGCAGGAAGCACAUACAUAUCAUCCGGGCGACGCAGAUCCACCACACCUCCAACCGCGUCACUAACUACAGCAUUACACCGUCUCCACCUCGAGGCGUUUUCAGGCGGCUUUCUCUCGGUCAUAACAAGUUUUCCCGACAUCGGUGACGCGGCAAAGGACAUCAUGCUUCUGGAUAGCGAAAUAAAUAACGGCGACAAUGAUCAAGAAGUAGAGGGAGCGUUUUCAUCAGUUUCCGAUGAACCCACAACAAAUUAUACUUUUCACUUCGGGUUCCGCGUUCUGGGUCUCUGCUACUGCUUCACCAGCAUGGCGAUUGGGUGUUUGGCGUUCUGCCUGGGCAGGCGGCUUGUGGGGGGAGUGGUUGCCGGGUUGCUUGACGAGAAUACGAACAACGGGAGAAGUAGAGUUACUGUUUUUACGCAGAGGAUGCUGCAUCAGGACCAGCACGACCAAGUUCCCCCCAUCGUGGAAAGAAGAAACUAUAUCGUGCAGCACUACUUGUACAAACUUGUAGUGGCAACGACACUGGCCAUCUUCACUCUCACGCUCGUCCACGCCGGCGCCUCAAUUUUUUGGUGGAAAAUGGAUAGUACUGAAGGACCACGAGGAACAAGAACUACUACACGCAGCGAGCACGACUUCAUAAUCGACCUAGCUGAGCCGAAUGUGCUGCACAACUACUCGGAGGACCCCCGCCACGACAAUAACCGUCACUUUGAUGUCGAAACGAAACUUCUCGGCCUUCUCCUAGCCUGUGGCUUUUCCGCUUUCGGUUCCAUAAGCGGAACGGUGGUGUGCAAGAAGUUUUCAGCCGUUUUGCAGUUUCUCGCCCGGAUGAAGCGGAAGCGUCGAAUUAUAGAGAACCACACUGCGCCGGACGAUGAAAAAUCACUUUACACGAAGAUGAGCACGUCGACAAAAAGAAAAGCCGGACAACUACUCCUGUCAUUAUUUCUGCAUGGAGAUCAUCGGCAUCACGAUGAAGAAAGUACAAGUAGCUUAGAAGACAAGGAACUCAAACAAGUCGGGGAGGUUCUCGGCCGGGGACUAAACAACGGAGUAGCGUGUUUGCUGUGCAUGUGGAUACGCGCGAAGUAUUUAAUACCGAUGACGAACUCGCUUUCCGCCUCCGCGUCAUCUACAACUGAGUUGUCAUAUCCAGCUUCUACUGCAGCCUCUUCAUCCUGGGACUACUUUCUCCUGUACAAACUGAGCACCUCCUUUUGCGGCGCAGUAUCCUCGAUGAGCGGCACAAUUUCCGACAUUUGCAGUUACGAGACUACCGAACUUUCUGAAGAAGUAGAAACAGGCCUGCUACCGGAUAAUUUUUACGCGAGACAGAAUCUUCCUCUUCGCAAUAAACGCGAUAUUUCGAAUGACAACUACACCACGCUGCACCGGCUACGAGGAGAGCCAACGGCGGUGAAGAGGAGCCACUUUUGCGCCGCUGGGAAACAAGAAGACCUCCGCGAGGCAGCAGGCGAACCUGCUAUGCUGGACCUCCUGGAAAAGCACGGCGGAAUCGAAAUGCCGUUUGACGAACAUGAAGAUAUUAGGACAUCGGACAACAAGAACGUGGCCGCGAGUUUGCAACUUUAUUCAUCUAAGAAAUUUCGGAUCAAGAACCUGCUCUUUCACCUCCUAAUGCUGGUGAUGUUCUUCAUUGUUGUCUUCCACCUGGCGACACUGGAACCGCUGCUGCUCAGCAUGCGAAGUAACGAGGGAAGAAGAAGUAGUAGGGGAACUACUCGAAAUACUUCUGCUACAGGCGGUUCAACAUCGUCCAAGAGCGCUUAUUUCGGCGACGAAAAUGCUGUCUACGCAACGGCCGCUGCACAAGAGCAUCAGCAGGAGCUUUCGUCGAGUCAUGCUAACGCGCCGAACAACAGUGGCAGUGCUGCUAGCGUUCCUGAGCAAGACCAGCAUGAUUUUUAUGCUGGUGGAAAGCCUUUCUCGUCUUAUGGUGUGAGUCGAAGUAGCAGGGCAACAAGAAGGAGCAGCUCUUUGCCAGUGCAUAAUACCGUCCUCGCACGAGAGGUCUUGGACGACGACGUGCGUUUCAAUAUUUUGGAUGGAAGAGAUAACGAACAAAGAGAUCGACGCACUUUCGGGCGUGCGAAGCAAGAAAAUGGAGACCGUUUGAAAAAUAAUAUGCUGCAUGAUGGUGAUGAAAUUUGAUUUGACUAUAUGCGUUUCCGCAGGCAGAAGUUCUGGAAUGUCUGCCUGCUUUGAUUACUACUACUUCACGGUUUCAAGAAGAACAUCAACAU